UCGCUAAAAAUAUAAUUUUUGUUUUAAAGUAAUGCAGAAAAUUAUUACUUAAUUAUCCUAAGUUAUAAAAAAGCCAAUAAUAAGAUUAAGUAAAAUAGUCGUAUGUAUUUGUAGAGUACUAGAGUUAAUUAUUGGUGGUAUUUGAAGAGAUUCGAAAGUAGUCCCUUUUUAUUUUGAUGAGUGGCGGGCGUAACGAUGGAAUAGGGAUUAGUUGAAAGUUGAAAGUUGAAAGCAGCAAAGGGAAGGAAGCAGUAUGUCGAAAGGCGUUGACCCGUUGGAGCAUCUAAAAAUCGAGCUGAAUCCGGACGGCACGAUCACUCGGGUGCGUGGAGACAAACGCACCCCAGCCAGAGGCGAUCCCAGCCUUCCCAUCCCGGUCCUCACAGAAGACGCCACCAUCAACGAAUCGAACAAGACCUUCGCCCGCAUAUUCCUCCCACGCAAAGCACUCCACAACUCCACCAAAGUCCCUCUCAUCGUUUACUUCCACGGAGGCGGCUUCGUCCUCUUCAGCGCCGCCUCCGAUUUCUUCCAAGACGCCUGCGCCAACCUGGCAAACGACGUGAACUCCAUCGUGGUUUCCGUGGAGUACCGGCUGGCCCCCGAGCACAGGCUCCCCGCGGCAUACGAGGACGCCGUGGAGGCUCUGCACUGGCUCAAACUCAAUUCCCACUCACACCACUGGUUGAAAAACCACGCCGACUUCUCCAACUGCUACCUCAUGGGAAGCAGCGCCGGAGCCAACAUCGCCUACCACGCGGCUCUACGUGUUCAUCACCUGGACCCACUUAAGAUCCGAGGGCUCAUACUGAGUCAGCCGUUUUUCGGAGGAACCAAGAGGCUGCCCUCCGAGGUGAGGCUUGCGGACGACCCGGUUUUGCCGCCGCACGUGUGUGAUUUGCUGUGGGAAUUGUCGCUGCCCGUGGGGGCUGACCGUGAUCACGAGUACUGCAAUCCCAGGGCCAGGGCUGUCAUUUUGGACAGGGUGAGAGAGCUUACGUGGCGGGUUCUGGUUAGUGGCUGCCACGGGGACCCACUUGUGGAUCAUCAGAUUGCCUUCGCCAGACUGAUGGAGGAGAAGGGUGUGCAAGUUCUCACCUGUUUUACCGAUGGGGGCUGUCAUGGGGCUGAGGUUCGCUAUCCUAUCCACCAGAACCAUUUGCAUAAACUCGUCAAACAUUUUAUUCGAUAAUUUAUGUCUAUCUUCCAAACAUUAUCAAUUCUCCUAAUUACACCUCCUUUUAACUUUCCAAACUCCCAAGUUCGGAUGUAAUGCCUUCUAAUUCCAUUCCUUUUCCUUUUCCUCUUUUUUCUUU